AUGUCUGACAUUAAUAUGUAAUAGGUUAGAAAACCCUUUUCUUAUGAAAUAAUCAGAGAAAGUACUAUCAAAUAAAACGAAUACAGUAGUGCAAUAGCAAUAAGUAAGGAUAAUUUACUGGUUUUGGCUACUGCUGACAAGGCUAUAAAAGUUUAUUAACUUAAAUUGGGAAAGCUUAAGCAGUUUCAACAUUUAAAUAUGUUUAGAAAAGAUGGCACAGCAAUUAGUUUAUUUGAAAAAUCUUCCUUGUUUAUAACUGGUGCAAUUGAUUCAACCAUUCGCAUUUCUUCAACUACUUUAUUCUCUUCAGCCAAAUAUAUUUAAUAAUUAUAUGGGCAUACUAGUUGGAUUUCAAAUUUAAUUAUUCACCCUGUUGAUUAAGAUGUUCUAUUUUCAAGUUCGAAUGAUAGUCAAAUAAGAGUAUGGCAAAAUAUGCAGAGUUGGUGUUGUUGUUAAAUAAUAAAAGAGCAUAAAAAUGAUGUGAAAGGAUUAUCAAUAAGUAAAACAGGUAAUCAAUUGCUAUCUUGUUCGGAGGACUUGCAAAUCUUGAUUAUGGAACCAGUAAGCAAUAAAAAUUAUUUUCCUUGGCAGGUAGUCUAGAAAAUAAAAGUCGAUUAGUAAGGUUAUCGAAUAUGUUCUAUUGAUGAUAGUAUAUUCACAUUUUAAUAGGAUUCAUAAAAUCAUAUGCACAUCUACUCAAAAGAUGAAAAUGGAUUGUAUUGUAAAACAGGAUGA